AUGUCCAAUUUCCGAGUCCUUUCCAUGCGCCUUUUAAGCGUCACCUUUUCUCGUGUCAGCCUCAACCUCGGACGGCCAUCUUCUUCGUUGAAAAGUAGCGUUUCUCGAAUAGUUUUCCACCCGGUCGUCAGACUGGAAGGCAUGAGUAGUCAUGUCAUUGCCUUUUUAUGGUUAUGCGGCUUACCGGACCAUCAUACACACGAGACUUUUCACCGCCGGAUCGUGGUUGCAAACCUAUGCGUCUACGAAUCAGUCGUUAGGAGAGAAAGAAGAGGAAAAGGCGCCUUGAUGCUGUUAGCUGAUCGGACAACGGAGAAAGAAUACACGAAACCCGCCUCAAAGGCCGGUCGUCAACAGCAUCGGUCUCAACCACCCUCUCCUCCCUGGCCGACUGGGCCGCCCAGUCUGCCGAGAGGAGAGCGCCAGACAGGUCGGGAGGGGGGGGUGGCGUGGCGUGUCGUCUGGAGCCUCGAUGAUACCAUAACUGAUUACGCCCAUACGCCUGAAUACAGGCAAUCGGGCAAACUUUCAAUGUGCCAGCCAAAGUUGUGGGAAUGCCUAGGGUACAUGGGAUUGGCACGACGGCAACUUAUGCUGCCCAUGUCCCGUGGCCUCGAUUGUAUCUACACCCGGUUGGAACUCAGUUUGAUUUAUCAACUCUGUAGCGAUGGGAACAGUCCUCUUGUGCCAAUCCAGCAGAAGCUCGCAUCUACAAGCGCAGCCUUCAGACAUGCGCAUGCCAGACCGGGCGCAUACAUGCCUACACCUCGGUCUUCUUCAUUCAGCCUGCCUCCCUCUGGGCCGGUUGCUGGGUCCUUCAUUUACCCACAGGGCAUAGUAUUAAAAGACAUAGUAUGUCACUCUCAAUCUGGGCAGUUAAUCUCUGGCCUUCCAACCUGGCUGAGGAAGAUCGACGCUAGUUCGGGUGGUGAGAAGUUUAUGGGACGCAGACUCAGACCGCUCUGGCCGACUAGCAUGUCAUUAUGUCGCCAGUCUCUAGGACGUGGUGUUGUCAAAUGGGUUGCGUCGCCGGAAUCGGGACUGAUGAAGCAAAGAAACCGAAUCGAUGCGUCAAGUACCCUUUUCUGUUGGCGCUUGGCUGGUUGA